UUGACUUCCGAAAACCUCUGACUACGUCAGCUUCGCACGCUCAACGUCGCACAGCCUCUGACACAACGCUGUAGACAGGCAAGGUGUGGCUUUGCAGUACUGACAAUGGGAGCCAUAAUUUCACGGUGGAAGUCAAAGCCUUCCACUGUGGACCUCCUAGAGUCACUGGAUAAGGAUAUAAAGGAUCUUGAGGAAUUUCGAGCUAAGAACCAGCGACUGCUGAAGUUGUGGGUGGGCCGGCUCCUCUUCUACUCAUCUGCUCUGUACCUGAUCAUCUGUCUGUGUGUGUAUUACCUUUACUUCCCCGAGCAGUGGGGUGCUCGACUCAUCACUGCCCUGCCUUUACUGGCCUUUCCUGCACUAGUGUUGUUAGUACGAAAGCUGCUCAUCUUCCUCUUCUCUAAACGCACAGAGAGAAACAAUGACAAAUUAGAAGAUUUAAAAACACAGAAACAAAAAGUACUUGAUGAGGUGAUGGAAACGGAGAUCUAUAAAAAUGCUAAAAUUAUAUUGGAGAGAUUCGAUCCAGAGUCUAAGAAAAAAGCGGAAGCAGAAGCCACUCCGGUCAGACCCCUCAUGACCCCCAGACCAGGACAAGAUCUACGACAGCGCCAUGUUGCCAUGCCUACUCCUGGAACAAUGCCCAAUACCAUGUCUCCAGGAGCCACACCCCUUCGUGCGGCCCCAGGAGGGCCUCCGGAUAAAGGGGCAGCUGGGACUGCAGGCAGCCCAGCAGGAGCAAGUGCUGCCGAGACACCACAACACAUGAUGAGACGAAGCAUGAAUCCUUAUUCACCAGGACCAGGAACAGGUAUGCGUCCACCUGGUCCACCUCUCACUCGACCCAUCCUCCCACGAGAACGCAGCGCUGUGGACCGAGUCAUUGAGUAUUUGGUGGGAGAUGGACCUCAGAACAGAUAUGCAUUGAUUUGCCAGCAGUGUUUUUCCCACAAUGGUAUGGCUUUGAAGGAAGAAUUUGAGUAUAUAGCAUUCCGUUGUGCCUACUGUUACUUUAUGAAUGUGGCGAGAAAGACACGCCCCCAGGCACCUAGACUUCCAGAAUUCAGCUUUGAGCGCAGACUUCGCUCUGAAUCUCCUGAAGCACAAUCCCCUCCUGCAACAGGGACACCAGAGGACAGUGAUGCUCCUGAAGUAUCUUCCCGCUCCACCGAUGUUUUACACUCUGGCACCCCCUGGAGUAAAGUUCAUAAUUUCAGCAGAAAUCAUUCAGAUGACAUGGAAAGGACCACAUCUGCUGAAGCUCAAGACCUUACCACUGAAGAUCCCCCUGUCGUACAUGACUCAAACCCUCGGUAUAGCCCCUCCCCCUCAGAAGAUGCCCAGCUAGAACAGGAAGAGGCUGGUGCUCAGGAGGGACCGCAGACAGAGUCGUCGUCUAACUGAAUUCUGUCUAAAUCAUGUUUAAGAUCAAUGUUUGUUCAUUAGAGCUUUUGGUUUUUCAGUUUAUGACUCCUUGUUCUUACUCUAGAGCAUGUGCAUUUACAUCUUUGUGAUUCUGCAGGCUGCUUUGUGUUUUUACUGCUAAUUUAUUUAUAUAUAUAUUGUAAGUGCAUCAUAUUGUUUACUGUAGUGGGCUAAAUGUUAAAUCCCAUUACACUGUGUAAUACUAAUUGUAUGGUGUGGCCCAUUUUGACAGCGUAACCCAAUAAGAUAUCUGUGCGUCGUUUAUUUAUGAAGGCGAUAUCACAACACGUUAUUGCUGUGAAGUGAGAAUGUUGAAAGCUAGUAUAAUUUUACAGUGUUAACUUUUAAUAUUACAUAGUAAUUUGAGAAAAACAGCUAGAUAUUUUUGAAGAUUAGUUGACUUUGUUUACAGAUUCACUCAAGACUUUGAAAGUACAAGCAGAAAAUUACUUUUUGCUGAACAAAAAUACACUCUUUGCUAAAAGUGUUGUCCUUUUUAGAGGUGUUUUCUUAUUUUCUUUGCCAAAUGCACUGUUUUGAAUCUUGACAUUUAUUGGUUUUGUUUUGAAUUUGUUUAAUUGCAUGUGUAUUUUCUAGGCAACGGUUUUUUUUGUUUGUUGACUGUCUUGUGCCUUUCUGGUUAGGAACAUAGCUGGGACUACCUGUUUACAAGAUAACUAAAUAUGACUUAAGUAAUUUGUUGUUUCUCAUUCUUAGGAUGUUUUCUGCACUACUAGAAGUUUAUGCUUGACAAGUUAGACAGUGCCAGAAGUAAACACUGGCAUUUAUUCAUGAACAAAUAGUCUGAGGAUAAUGAUUAUGAAUUAGAGUUCAUCAAGUAUUGUUCCUUUGUAUUCUCCACAAGUUCUUAUUUCAUUUUCAUGUUGUUCAUAAAUAGAUUGUUGCAACAGUGACAUACAGUUCUUGCCUUGAAAUUAAAAUUAUUGUAUUAACUUGACAUGUUUUGCACAUGUCAGCUGCAUUCACAGACUUGAGUGUGUGCAUGUUAAAUCCAAUAAAUCCAAUGUGC